ACCAAAAGCAACUGGUCAGCAGACCUGAUCGAUCUUGAUGGGACAUGUGGUUGUAAAAGAUCCUACCCAUCACUCUUGCCGUGCCAACGCCUUAUUCCCUGCACCUGCUUUUCCCCGCCCAUCUCCUAACCUGCAGUCCCUCGGUAUAAAUACCAGAUCAUCUUGUGUGUUUCACCAAGCUUUCCAGCGCUCUUUGUUCCUGUUCAUUUCUGACCUGCCUGUUCUGUAACAGGUGACCCUCCCCAGCAGAUCUAAGAAGCUCUUUGAGACAUUAUCCACAAUGGCAUACAUCACACAUCUGGAUGUGUCCUUCAAUGAAGCUGAAGAGAAAAAUCUCCAAGCACAAGACUUCAAGAAAAUAUAUGUUGAUCUGACAAAGGGGCAGAAGGAAAAUACAUCUACAUUUGGUACAAAAAAGACAAGAACGAACUACCGAUCACCAGGGUUCAAGUCACAUUCAAUGAUGACAUGAGUGUUGGAUUGAUCAAAGCAGGGUACACAAAGAUCAAUAAAGAUCUCAAUGCUGGAGCUGGAGGUGAUUACAUCUACCUUUGGUACUUCAGAGGGCAGACAGAGUACGAUACUCCCAUAGUGGAAAUUGAUGUCACAAAAGAUGGACAAGAGGAAACCGUGAAGUUUGGCUAUGAUUGGGAGAGACUGGCCUGUGAUCUGAACCGCAAGGUUGGAGGGAGCUGGCUCUACGCCUGGGUGAAGAGAGCGAAACAAACAUACAUCUGUGAGGUCGUUGCCAGAGAUUUCUAUGAAUCAGACGCUGAUCUCUUUGAGGCUGGUUUCAACCGUGUGGAUGAGGAUACUAAUAGGGGUGCAGGAGGAGCCUUUGUCUUCAUCUGGUACCGUCAGACCACUGACCCCAAGCGUGCGCUCAGUGAUCUGCAUAUCUCCACCAAUCGUAGUGAAUUUCAGGCCCUUCAGCAGCAAAAUUACGAGCCAGUCGAAGUUAACCUCAACAGCGGGAGCAAGGGUGACUGGGUGCGCCUGUGGUUUAAGAAAGACGGAUCCAAACCCAUUAAGGGCAUCACAGUGCUUGUCAACCCAGCUGCUGUGGAUAGCUAUGAGACGGCUGGUGUGAAUGUCAUCAGAAGAAAUCUCAACACAGGCAAUGAUGGUGAAACUGAAUACCUGUGUUAUUAUCACUGAAGACCUGAGAAAGCCUCCAUGGCAGCAGAGCAGAUCAUUCUCAACACUCACUGAAGUGUUCCAACAAUCAUUUUUUUGUCUUUUUUUUUUUUUUUAAUUUUCUUUCUUUUUCAUCAUCUCUAAGACAUUUUUAUAUAUCACUGUGGUAUUACUGGUACUAUAAAAAACUACACUACAAACUGUACUACAAUCGGUUAUGGGUUUUAUAUCUUAAUUUGCUAUCAAUCAUUUUAAAAUGAUUUUAAAAAUGUUUC